ACUUCCAUCUCGAACGAACCGAUGACGACGACGAGGACGAGGACGAUGAGGAUGAGGAUGGACAACGAUCAAGCACUAGUCGACCUCGAUCUGAGUCAGGCAGUCAAAUCAACAGAACCAGCAGACUGGAAAUACAUCGCCGAAGGGGCAGCCAACCUGAUCCUAGCAUACCAUCCAGCACUACUAGAAACAGAGGAAAGACUAUUGAGAGGGAAAUCACUCAGAUUGACUAAAACAACAAGCAGAAGUCAUCCAGAGGACAAGGAGAAGACUCAAGAGCAGAUCGAACCAGCCAGAUCCAAGCAGAUCUCUUUCUUCGACUUCCAUCACCAAAUCCUCAGCGAGAUCAUCAGUCCAGACCUGUUGCUCCAAUUCGAUCUGAUCAGUCUGGAUAACCAAUGGCUCCAAGGACUCGCAACGGCCGUUGAACCCAGUCGUCCGAGCACCAAGCGGGACCAGUCCUCCAUCGACACCACCCGCACACAUGCGAUCAUCAUGGACAAUCUGGCCCAUCAGAGCGACGGCUCUGAGCAGCAAAUCAUCUCCGUCGAAAUCAAGCCCAAAUGGGCCUGUCUACCCCACAAUCUCGACCUCCUCGAGCCGAGCACACGAGAGACGAAGAGCAAGUUCUGUCGGACGUGUGUCUUCCGGGCCGUCCGGUCGGUCGAGGCCGCACAGGAUCCAGCCGCCUCAGAGCCGCUGGACGAGUACUACACCUCCGCCCAUCGCUUCUGUGCUCUCCAGCUCUUCAAUUCUCGCCAUCCUGCUCACCUCCGUCGUGCCCUCGAUCGGCUAUGCGCCGAAUGGCAACACCUCAAACCUCCAACUUCAACAAUCCCUCCAGAUCCUGAGAUCUCUAAAAACACUCAAGCCCAUAACAACUUCAAGAUCUUUCGUCAUGGAGUCUUGCUCGACCCUUUAUCAGUCGAGGUAGAUCCUGAAUUGAUCGAAGUCUUAGCAGAGACCCUAGAGCGAUCUGGAGUAUUACGACGGCUAGCGGAGCUACAAAGACGAUUGGACAAGUUGGACAUUGAAGGAGUGUUCAAGGAGCUAGGCUCAAAGCACAAGGAGGGAGAAGAAGGGGCGGAGGUAUUGGAGGCGCCGAUCGGGCUGGCGGAGCUGACAGCAUUGAUCCCGCUGAUGUCCGAGACAAUGGCGCCGGAGACUGUCCAGCAGACUCUGGAUGGCCAGUCUGCUCGAACCAAAGCGGUGAUGUAUGCACUGUCGAUGACCUUCAAGGACUGCUCGAUCUUUGUCCGCGUGCCCGUCCUCCCCUCCCAUACCAACCUCAACCCAACAACCUCGACCCUCCUCCUCUCUCCCGCUCCGGAAGCCCGACUCCCUCAAAGAACUCAGGUCAAGAUCAUCGACUUGGACCUUAAGCCGAUCUCUCGCUUACAUAAAUACUUCAAAGCCGACCGCACAUCGUUCUCUGAUUUCAUCACCCUCUUGUUGCGUUCCUCUCAGUCCCCUCCUGUAACUUGUCUAGAGCUCUGUAACUCAACAGCUUCCUGGUAGAAGCUCAUUCUACUUAUCAACACACAGGUUGGUGUGCCAGCUAUGCUAACUGUAGUGUUCUCAUGCUAUGGGGUUUUUGUGGUAAAAU